UUUUAAAGCGGUCGGAAGAGCAGCGGAACGUGAGUGCUUUCUGCGUGUUUUUAUCUACAAUAACAUGUAACAUGACGCACGUCUUUAGUGUUCUGUGACUGUUUGGGUGAGGGUUCCGGUUAUAUACCAGAGUGUUACUAUAAAUGGAGAGGAGCGCUCCGUUCGGAGCAGACCACCGCAUUCACUCUGACGAUUAUUUGACGUUUGGCCGCUGUUUGAAACGUGACUGCGGUGGAGACGUGCGCGGUGUGGAGCUUUUCGUACAGCUGUGGAGGUUCGCAUCGCGUGCCUGUAUGGUUUUUUGAGCUGCUGCGGCGCUCCGAGCCCCCGCACGUAUGGUACAGUCCGUGAGGAGGGGCGGGGACCCGGAGGGAGAGUGCCGCGCACUCCCGUUAACGGACCACUGACAGACGACACAGGUUAUGAAAAGAUCCGCCGUCAAGGAGUAAAUUAUUAUCAAACGGAUGGGAUUACGUGUAGAAGAAAAGAUGUCCGCAAAGAACGGAGGCUCGAUGUCAGCUCAGGACCUGAACGGGACUCUUUAGUGGACUCGGAAAGCAGGCUGGGUUCUGGUUCGAGGCCCCGGCACACUGAAUGUGGUUUUUGAUCUUUUGUGCUAUUGCCCGUCGGAGCUCUGGGUGUCUGGGUCCAGACGUGGUUCUGAAGCUGGAUUGGUGCCGAGGCCCCCACAGAGCCUAUUUUUAGCAGAGGGAUGGGGUAAAGGUUCUAGCCCGCACUGCCAAGCUGGGACCAGCCCGGUUAGAAAAGAUGGAUGGGCUGAGCCAGACUGAUGGAGUCUACCUGAGAGCCGCGACUGCUGAUUGACUGGAUUAAUCCAGGUGGACCUGGUUGUGGAUUACUACUGACAGGAUGUGUGAAGAACUGCUAUUCGAGUAAAGUAUCAGGACUUUGGGAUUAUUGUUAUUAUUAUUAUUAUUGCCUCUAAAGUUUUUCACCAGCAAAAACCAGCAUAGUGAAAAAAAACAAAAAUACAAUGCACAAACUGCAGUAAAUCACCAAAUAUUUGCCCCAGAGUAACAAAAUGUUUAUGAUAGAUUAUCUAUAGUCUAAUUUUACAGCCUUUAUAUUUUUAAGACAAACUGCCUCUAUGCCAGUUGGUUGCCUUAGAAACAUCCAUUAAAAAAUAGCCAGAGAAGACGGUGCCUUAUGAUUGGUUGGAUAUAAUUUGAAGCUUGGAUGUAAUUUGUGGAAGACUCAGAACACACCCGCUGACAGUCAGCUGAGCGGGGAGCUCCGCCCACCUGUUACUUUUUUGUUAUUGACAGUUUUCCUACUGGAUUGAUUAAUUAAGGAGUGUUUUCAUGGUCAUCACGUCAUCUUCCACGGAGGAGAAAACCAGGAUGGUCCAAUCAGACACCUGGAUCACCUCUGCCCUGCUUCGCAAGAACAAAAGUGGAAGCAGCUCGGGAUGCCCCCCUACUUCAUCAUCCUCGUCAUCCUCCUCCACCUCAUCGUCAUCCUCUUCCUCUGCUGCCCAGGCCUUCUCCCUCGCUGAACCAGCCAUGACCAGCCAGCACACUCGUACACAUCCCUCCUUCAGCUCGCUUCACUCCGUGGCUGAGCAGCAACAGGUGCUGUCUGAUAUGACCAUCCUCCAGAGGAGGAUCCCCCCGAGUUUUAGAGACCCUGCCAGCGCACCGCUGAGGAAGCUUUCUGUCGACCUCAUAAAGACUUACAAGCACAUCAAUGAGGUGUACUACACAAAGAAAAAGCGGCGGGCUCAGCAGGUUCCUCCCGAGGACAGCAGCACCAAGAAGGAGAGGAAAGUCUACAACGACGGCUUUGACGAUGAUAACUACGACUACAUUGUUAAGAAUGGAGAGAAGUGGCUGGACCGCUAUGAAAUCGAUUCUUUGAUUGGGAAGGGCUCCUUUGGACAGGUGGUGAAGGCAUAUGACCACCAUGAGCAGGAGUGGGUGGCCAUCAAGAUCAUUAAGAACAAAAAGGCUUUUCUAAACCAGGCACAGAUUGAACUGCGCCUCCUGGAGCUCAUGAACAAACAUGACACAGAGAUGAAGUAUUACAUAGUCCACCUGAAGCGCCACUUUAUGUUUCGGAACCAUCUGUGUUUGGUGUUUGAGCUGCUGAGCUACAACCUGUAUGAUCUGCUGAGAAACACCAACUUCAGAGGAGUCUCCCUCAACCUGACCAGGAAGUUUGCACAGCAGCUGUGUACAGCUUUAUUAUUCCUCGCAACGCCUGAGCUGUCAAUCAUCCACUGCGACCUGAAACCUGAGAACAUCUUAUUAUGUAACCCCAAGAGAUCUGCUAUCAAGAUUGUUGACUUUGGAUCCUCCUGCCAGCUGGGUCAAAGGAUUUAUCAGUACAUCCAGAGCAGAUUUUACCGCUCUCCUGAGGUCCUGCUGGGAAUGCCCUACGACCUGGCCAUCGACAUGUGGUCUCUGGGAUGUAUCCUUGUGGAGAUGCACACCGGAGAACCUCUCUUCAGUGGCUGUAAUGAGGUGGACCAGAUGAAUAAGAUUGUGGAGGUUCUUGGGGUUCCUCCCAGCCACAUGCUCGAUGCAGCUCCCAAAGCCAGGAAGUAUUUUGACAAGCUGUCAGAUGGUCUGUGGAUGGUGAAAAAGAACAAGGACGUGAAGAAGGAGUAUAAGCCCCCAGCCACACGCCGUCUUCACGAGAUUGUAGGCGUAGAAACUGGAGGGCCAGGGGGUCGGAGAGCAGGCGAGCCAGGACACGCCCCCUGUGACUACCUGAAAUUUAAAGAUCUGAUUCUGCGCAUGCUGGACUAUGACCCUAAAAGUCGGAUCACACCUUUCUAUGCCCUGCAGCACAAUUUCUUCAAGAAGACGACAGAUGAGGGAACCAACACCAGUUCGUCUACAUCCACCUCUCCUGCCAUGGACCACUCCCAGUCGACCUCCACGACGAGCUCAGUUUCCAGCUCUGGUGGCUCCAGUGGCUCCUCUAAUGACAACCGCAGCUACCGCUACAGUAACCGCUACUAUAGUUCUGCUGUGACACAUUCGGACUAUGAGAUGACCAGCCCGCAGGCUCCUUCCCAGCAGAUGAGAAUGUGGCCAAGUAGUGAAGGUGGGGGUCAGGACCCAACAUACACCCACUUGCUGCUCCACAAGCCAGCAGCAUCCCAGCAACACCAACGCCACUUCCUGGACCCACCUCACCACCCCCAUGCUGUUUAUGCUCACCAUGGAAAUGGUGGGCGUGGCCUACGGCAGGUUGGACAGACAGGUGUCUCUGGAGGGGGUGGCCAACAGGGUUCAUCUCCACAGAUGAGUGACAGCAUGGAUGUGGGUGUGUCUCUAGGACUACACCACUUGGGGACAGUGUCUUCCAUGGAGGCCUCUCAAUUUGGGUCUGCCUCGCUGCCCCUUGCUCUGCCAGUUGGACUGUCUGCCUUCCGGACUCGGAUGGCCCCCAGCGCCCAGGGGACACAAGCCCCACCCCCUGAGGACUACUAUCCUGCCUCCAACAACAGUAACCCAGCUGUGGCGGGCCGAGGGAGGCCGGACUCAGACGAGGGGCCGGCUAAAUCUUGAUAAAACCUAAAACAAGCCCUAAAGCCAUACGACUUCAGCUCCCACGGACAUGGAGCCAGAUUCAGAGACAACUCGGUUAACUUUGUGCUGAUGGAGACAUUAGUUUUGCAUCAGAGGAGGAGGAGGAACCAGGAGGACACUGGGAAUUUUAUUUAUUUUUUAUGCAACUGUCACUGGAAAGAUGAUUGUGUCAUGUUUUUAUGAACCCUGUUCAUAUUUGAGUUUUCUGUGCUUUGAUGAGUCGUGUGUUCUACUUGAUUGUUGUUGAAGUGGGAGAGGAGGAGGAGCCUUUUCAUCACCACAGAAACUUUGAAGUGUCUCGGCAGCAUGUCUUCAUUUUCACGUUCUCACAACAACAGUCUUAAAACACACAUGGAGGCAGAGUCACAGACUGCAGGAGAGACAGAGACACACUGACAGAGACAAAGACACUGACAGAGACGAAGAUACAAAGACAAAGAUACACUGACAAACAAAGAUACAAAGAUAAAGACACACUAACAGAGACAAAGAUACACUGACAAACAAAGAUACAAAGAUAAAGACACACUAACAGAGACAAAGACACACUGAUAGACAAAGAUACACUGACAAAGAUACAAAGAUAAAGACACACUAACAGACACUGACAGAGGCAAAGACACUGACAAACAAAGAUAAAGACACACUAACAGA